GAUGUAGCGCGUAAGAAAGUGGGGUGGAGAAUUCCGGAAGAGCACUUGCUGGAAAGAAGCCGGCGUGACUCAUACUGGCAGUCGACGAUGCUUUUCAAAUUUACUUUUCCCUCCAUCUUCAGGAACCACAUCCUUCAUGAACUACUACCUACCUAGGUAUUAACUACCUCACAAUCUACCCCCCUAACGAGCUGAACUAAACACCUCUCACAAGUCCCCGCCAUGACCGACACCGACAGCCUCGCCCAAGCGCGCUACGCCCGGCUCACCUGGAACGCCCCCCUCUCCUCCACCCACGCCGACGAGCUGCUCACCCACCUCAACCUCACCGCCCACACGCACAUCGUAGACCUCGGCUGCGGCUGGGGCACGCUCCUUCUCCGCGCAGCCGCCCUCUGCGCCUCACACACGGACAACACCACCACUAACACCACCACCACCCCCGCCACCUUCACAGCAACAGGCAUCGACACCGACGCAACCGCCAUCACCAGAGCCCAGCGCGCAGCCGCCGCCGCCGGGCUCGGCCCCGAGCACGUAUCCUUCAUCUCGCAGGGCGCCGACACCUGGCGCCCACCGCCGCCGGCGCACGGGCAAUUAGACCGGGCCAUCUGCAUCGGGUCGUCCCACGCGCUGGGCGGCAGCCGGGCGAUGCUGGCGCGGCUGGCGGAGCUGCUGCCGGCGGGGCGGGGCGCGCGCGCGCUGGUGGGGGAGAUGUGCUGGGAGCGGGAGCCGACGGCGGCGGCGGCGGCGGCGCGGGGGAUGUUUGGGGAGGAGGUGCCGUUGUUGGUGGAUUUGGUGGGCAUGUGUCGGGAGACCGGGUGGGAGGUGUUGGGUUUGAGUGUCGCGGACCAGCGCGAGUGGGAUGAUUUUGAGUCGGGGCAUCGCGCGGGUACGCGGGAGUGGUUGCUCGCGAAUCCGGAUGACCCGAGGGUCGGUGAGGUUAGGGAGAGGGAGGAUGAGAGGGAGAGGGGGUAUUUGACGGGGUACCGUGGUGUGCUCGGGUUCGUGUAUUUGGUCCUGGGUCGGUGAUGCCAGGGUAAGGGGGCGUGAGCUUUCUGCGUUUCUAAUUCAGGCCCAUUAGGUGACUUCCUAUGCCGU